UAUUCAUUUAUAGGAAAUUAUUAUUAAUGAUUUGGGUAAAAAAAGGUGUAUUUGAUACAAAGUUAGAAUAUACGUGUACAAAUAAGAAUAAAUCCAAAGCCUUAUAUUUUUCAACCACGUCUGCCGAUUAUUUUGGGAAUUAAUUCGAGUCAUUUCAUCAAGAAAACGAAAGUAACCACCGCCGACAAAAAGCUCCGCCGUGGUAAAAUCUAUUACCACCACUUCAUCUUUAAGCAUGCAAGAACACCAAAAGCACUAAUGUUUUCGGAAGAGAUAAAAAUUUCACAUUUUUACGAUUUUGGCAACGCUUUAUGCUUCGAUUCUAAAUUCUUGGUUUAUCUCCAUCGCGGAUUUGCUUACGUCUUCCUUGUAGAAUAUUUUUUAAAAAAUGAGAGACGUAAGAGAAGAAAACGACAAUGUGGUGGGUGAUGGCGGCUACAGUCGAGAUCCAAUCGGUGGUCGUUUGUCGUCUGCACACCAUGUGUUCGAUUAUAUGCCUCACCCAGCCCUAUCAACUAAUCAAUUCAAUCAAAUCCCAAUGUUUGAUUUGAAUUCUGAUAUCAUCUAUCCUUUGGUGUCUCCAUCGAUGGCCUCUCAAUUAGUGACAUAUGUGAUGAUGUCAUGAUCUGCAGCCUAAAUAACGAUGUUUCUUAAGUUAAAAUUUCACCCAUUUUAUAUUGUAAUUAUCGGAGUAUGAGUUCCCUACUUCAACAAAAAGAAUCGUUUACAUUUUCAUUUUCGAUCAUUCUCAUUUCUCCCUCAACUAACAUGAUCAUAUCCUUUUGAGAAGAAUCAAUUUCUAGACAUUUUUUGACAGCUGAAUUGGGGUUUUAAUUUAUAUGAAAUGGGUGGCAAUGAAUUUAAGAAGCCACUUUUGAACAAGGUAUUCUAUAAAAACUGUCCUGGUUGUAAUGUGGAUCAGUACAAAGAGCUGCAAACAGGGUAUCCGAUAAAGGAAGUGUUAUGUAUAUGGUUCCUUGUGCUCUCUACUGCACUCCCAAUAUCAUCUCUCUUUCCAUUUCUUUAUUUCAUGAUAAAGGAUUUCAACAUUGCGGAGAAAGAGGAGGACAUUAGUUACUAUGCAGGUUUUGUUGGGUCUGCAUAUAUGAUUGGAAGGGCAAUGACAUCUGUGUUUUGGGGAGUGGUGGCUGAUAGAUAUGGUCGCAAACCAGUUAUUCUUUUGGGCACAUCAACAGUGGUUAUUUUCAACACACUUUUUGGUUUUAGUGUAAAUUAUUGGAUGGCUAUUGCUACAAGGUUUCUUCUUGGAUUUUUAAAUGGGCUACUUGGACCAAUAAAGGCAUAUGCAUGUGAACUUUUCCCUGAGGAACAUCAAGCCUUGGGAUUGUCAGCUAUUAGUACAUCAUGGGGAAUAGGACUCAUCAUUGGCCCAGCUUUGGGAGGUUACCUUGCACAGCCUGCAGAGAAAUUUCCUGCUCUAGUAUCUUCGGAUUCUCUAUUUGGGAGAUUUCCAUACUUAUUGCCUUGCCUUUGUAUCUCCAUUUUUGCACUUUUUGUGACCAUUGCUGCAUUUUGGCUUCCGGAAACAUUACAUUUUCAUAAAAAAGACGAGUUGGAGUCUGCUUCAUAUGAAACUGAGGGAAAGUCAAAUGAAGGAAAAGAUUCAAGUUUAGGAAGCCUCCUGAAAAACUGGCCACUAAUGUCUUCUAUUAUUGUCUACUGUGUUUUUUCACUUCAUGACAUGGCUUACUCAGAGAUUUUCUCAUUGUGGGCUGUGAGCCCUAAGAGUUUGGGGGGAUUGAAUUAUACUACUGAGGAUGUUGGGACAGUUUUAUCUGUUACAGGGGUUGGACUUCUUGUCUUCCAAUUCACAUUGUAUCCAAUUAUGGAGAGGAUAUUUGGCCCCAUAGUAGUAGCUCGUAUUGCAGGAGUUGUGUCUAUACCACUACUCACAAGUUAUCCAUUCAUAGCCAUGUUGACUGGAUUUGCUCUCUCGUUGACUUUAAAUUGUGCAUCCAUUAUAAAGAAUGUUUUAUCUGUAUCUAUCAUAACAGGGACAUUCAUGCUGCAAAAUAAAGCUGUGGAUCAACACCAAAGAGGUGCAGCGAAUGGUAUAGCCAUGACUAUGCAGUCAAUUUGCAAAGCCAUUGGUCCAGCUUGUGGAGGAGCACUAUUGUCGUGGUCCCAACAAAGAAAAAAUGCAGCAUUUCUUCCUGGUGACCAAAUGAUAUUUUUCAUUUUGAAUAUAAUCGAAGCAAUUGGAGUUAUAUUGACGUUUAAACCGUUUUUGAUCACACACCAUUACUAGUUGGUAGCAUUCAAAUCUAGCCUCAACUCACAUUGGGUAACCAUUUAUACAUAGACUUUCAAUAAUGUCAAUAUCUAUUCACUAUUGUUGUAACUGUAAAAAAGAGGCCGCUUGUAUUGUAUUGGGUUUUGGAUGUAAUUUUUAUAAGGGUUAGAAUAUGUUUCAUGUAGUAUUAUUAAUAAUUUCAUUAUUCUAGAUAAGGAAGAGAAGGGUUUUUUUUUACAA